UAACAUUCCCCGACUAGAACACAAAACUUCCUUUGAGUUGCCGAUACAGUUUCUGAAUAAAACAGAGAAUAAACCAUUUGGAAAGUUUGAAACGCUAGAAGAGGAAAAUGUCUGAACUGAGCGACGAAGGCAGCAGUGAGUCGGAUCCGUUAGGAGCGAGUUUGUCCGUGUGGCUGUCCGAUGGUGGAGACGCUCUGAUCGGCCCGGAUGAACUGAACGUCCCGCUGGAUCUUCACACCGCCUGCUCCAUAGGGCAGUAUGAUGUAGUGGCCGAGUGUAUCCGAAGGGGUGGCAUAAAUUUGGAUGGAAAGAACAUUGGUGGUUGGACUCCUCUGAUGUACGCUGCAUAUAUCGGUCAUGAUAACAUCGCCAACCUGCUCUUGGAGACUGGCGUUAGCGUCAACGCCACCACGUCUAAAGGACUCACGCCCCUGAUGCUCGCGGCUAGCUGCGGUAAUGAGAGCAUCGCUUACUUUCUCCUGCAGCAAGGAGCACAGCCUGAAUGUAAGGAUGCACAUGGAUGGACAGCUUUGUUGCACAGCACAGCUAAUGGACAUCAACAGAUGGUCAAAUUCUUAUUAGACAACAACGCCAAUGCAAAUGUCAAGGAGCCACUCUCAGGAUUUACACCUCUCAUGGAAGCCGCAGCGUCCGGACACGAGAUCAUCAUUCAGUACCUGCUCAACCAUGGUGUGCGGACGGAGGAGAGGAACAGUAAGGGAGAGACAGCGAGAGCUCUGGCUAUCAUGUACGGACACACCAAAAUCGCCAGCCUUAUUGACAUGCACGUCAUGAGAGCCAAACCAAGUUUAUAUGAAGAGUUAAGCUCAUCUGAAGAAGAAGGUUCGACUCCCAGAGUCCGUUCAGCUCGCAAUAGAACCAGAGGUCCCAGCAUUCACGACGGCCCUCAAGCUAUAGCACGCUUCAGAGUCGGCUCCAAACCCGAAGUACCAGUUGCCCCACCUGGAUAUGUGACCUUCCGUGAUGUUGGCGAUCAGAGCGAGGGAAUCAGCAAUCGUGAUGUCACUUCCCCCAUCAAUGAACUUGACGGACAAAGCAAUAGUAGUAAAGAUGAGCUGUUCUUUGAUAAUGAUAUGCCCACUAUGAGGAGCAGCAGUAGCAGCAGUGAGGGUCUAUCGCACAUUCUCGGACUCAGCAGGGAGGCGUCGCUGGAAAGCAACGAGGACUCUGAUCAAGCCAAGAGGAGUUGUCCUCGUCGGGCAAAUAAACUACAGCACUCCAAAGGCAAGAGUUCAUAUAACAACAGUGUCUCUGUGGCCCCGGGCAGCUCAGGUUACGUUGAAGCGCCAUCUACCUCUAGCCAUCCUCCGUCAUACACUGGACCCAAGGAUCUCGCUGAGUUCCUGGAGCAGCUCGGCUUCUGUAAGUAUCUCCCACUGCUGGAGGAACAAGACAUCGACCUGCGAAUCUUCCUCACGCUCACAGAGAACGACCUUAAGGAGGUUGGAAUUACUCUGUUUGGUCCUAAGAGGAAGAUGACAUCUGCUAUUGCCCGCUGGCACAGUAACGCACGGCCACCCAGUGAUGCGUUAGAACAGGCGUAUGCUGACCAACUGGAGGCCGAGAUGCAGGAAAUGGCCAUUCAGCUUCACAAGCGUUGUGUAGAGGUGGAGUCUCUUCAGGGUCAGGUGUCUCAGGAGAAGGAGUUGCGUGCUGUGAUGGAGGGAUGUCUGAUGGAAGAGAAGAUGGCGUGGAAGAAUGUUCAGGCUGAACUGCUGGAAAAUACGAAACAAUUUCAGGCCCUGAAUGGAAAACUACUCUCUCUACGGACAAUACAUUCGCAACUCACGCAGUUUAGCCAGGAAGACAGUCGAGUGUUGGGUGAUGGUGAUGAAAUGUGUUCUCAGCUGCUGUCCAAGAUGGACACAUGUAUAGGAGAGCUGGCUGAUGAUCUGAAGGAAGUCUGUCAGAGUCUACAACGUCUGAGCACUUCAGAGAAAAACUCUCACAACUGGGAGGAGUCUUAGCAUCUGUUAGACACUCACUUUUAAUUGACGGAGGGUGACAAACCACCCUGAAUAUGCAAACAGCUGCAAGGACUGGUCAGAGAGAGAUAUACUGGUCUGAGUCCAGUAUAAAAUGAUUUCAAGUGGGAAAUGACACUGAAAGAGAACAGGAGAUCUGGGCGGCAAACUCUAAACGACAAGCAGGCAAAGAGCCUCCAUCACGCCUGUGCUCGAGUCACAUGGUACACAAGUGCAUCAUGAGAGCAGAGAUUUGGCCAAUCACAGACAGAUGUGCUGGUGAGGGCGGAGUCAGAGAACUUCAGAUGUCUGUCAGGAAUUUAACAUGCACACAAACAGACGUGUGUGUAUGAAUUCUUCAAGCACAAACACUGUUUAUUGCUCUACAACAACCCUCUGAUUAGGCCUUGUAUUUGUUUUAAAAUAAUCCUAUUUAAAGCCUAAAGUCAGUUUUAUUCAUAAAUCAAAUCUCAGAUGAUAUAAAUGAUUUACACAUACGUUUCUUCUUACGUUACAUAAAUAAGGCCAAUUGUGCUUGUUUAUGCUCUUACUUUUAACGAAUCACCCAAAAAUGAAAAUUCUGUCAUCAUUUACUCACCCUCAUGCUGUUACAACCCUGUUUGAAUUCCACUCAACACAAAUGGAGAUGCAAGGCAGAAUGGCUAAGUCACCAUUCACUUUUAUCGUUAGGAAAAAAGAUACAAUUAAAGUGAAUGGAGACUGACUAAAAUACUACCAAACAUCUUUUGUGUUCAACAGAGGGGUGACUGUCCCUUUAAGAGCAACUCAAAUCAGUAAAACUAUUAAUUUAAAUGAUCAUUAUAUCAUGUUAAUAAGAAUGACGAAUUGUCACCAAUAGUUCAUGGAAGGUCCAUAAUUAUUAACAGUAAUUAAAGGUGCUGUAUGCAUUUUUUAUUUAUUUUUUGUUCAUGGGAAGGUAUGCAAAACAUGUUCCUACUCCCUGAAAGACAUUCAUGAAAUAAGUGUUGUAAGAUAUCUCGCCUGUCUAUGUGACAGCUCUAGACUCUGUAAACAGCAAAUAAUAAUGUGUCCACGGACAAUGAUGCUUUCGACCUGUCAAUCAUUUUGCUCGUUCUCAUAGUGUUGUAGUUACAGUGAAUUAUUGAGGCUUAAUGCCAUUUUCAAGCCAUGUUGCUCAUAACAGUUGUCAGUUGAGGGCGCUAUUUUGCUUCUGUUGUUUUUAACAACCACGUCGAUCUCAAUAAAGCUCAUUUUUGGUAUCUUUGGAUCGCUUGCAGCACCUUUAAUAAGAUAAAUUUUUUAAAUGUAAAUAUACUUGGUAAUAAGCCAAUAUAUAAGAUGUGUAUAUAUAUAUACAUGCAGCUCAAUCAUUGCACAGUUGUGGCCAAGAGCAUUAAACUAUUUGUAUGGAUUGCUGGCAAGAAAUUGUAAUUUAAACAGAGGACACUUCCCAGAGCCAAAGAACAUAUUCAGGACAUUUCAUGAGUGGAAGUCAGUUUGUGGACAAUCUGAGUUCAAUUUGAAGUACAGUGAGUGCAAAAAGUAUUUGGACACUCAAGUGACACUUAAAAAUGUCUGAAUGUCAUUGCAUUAGAUAACAAAAUAUUUUUCUCUCAAUGACUUACAACUAAGUGAUUUUUAGUAGAAGUCAGUUUCCCUCAAGUUCACACAGUUACCCUAGCAAAGCAGAGUAUCCUCCGGUGCAGCUCAUCACAUUAACUGUGAACAUGCUCCACUAAUAUCUGACAACCAGAAAGUGUCCAAAUACUUUUUUUCGUCUUCAUUUUAAACCUCAUCUAUUGUUUUAUCAUUGAAACUUUUGUGAAAUGUUUUGCUUGAAAAAUGUGCUUCUCUUUCUUUAAAAUAAACUCAACUUGAUUUGUUAUUUAGUGACAUUGUUAUGA